GUCACCGUCCCAUCACUACGUUGAUUGCGUGCAGUAAAUUUCGCCGCUUGAUUUCGCUAGUUUUGCUUUCCCGUUGUUGUUUGUUACUUAUUUAGUGCAUUACAGAACUCAGCAUCAUGUCGACAGACUUUUACAUUCGGUAUUAUGUAGGGCAUAAAGGAAAAUUCGGCCAUGAGUUUCUAGAGUUUGAAUUUCGUCCCGAUGGAAAGUUGCGGUACGCCAAUAACUCCAACUACAAAAACGACACGAUGAUCCGGAAGGAAGCCUACGCUCAUCCUUGUGUGAUGGAAGAACUCAAAAGGAUCAUAUUGGAUUCAGAAAUUAUGCAUGAAGAUGACCGUUUGUGGCCUCAGCCAGACAGAGUAGGAAGACAGGAAUUGGAGAUAGUGAUUGGAGAAGAACACAUUUCUUUCACAACAUCGAAGACGGGCUCAUUGGUGGAUGUGAACCAGUCCCGGGACCCUGAGGGCUUGCGGUGCUUCUAUUACCUGGUCCAAGAUCUCAAGUGUCUUGUGUUCUCUCUCAUUGGUCUGCAUUUUAAAAUUAAGCCUAUAUAAAUAAUGUUGUUUUAAGAGUACCUUAAUGAUUAUUUUUCCCUAAUAAAAAUAUUUCUGAUCUUAAUGUGUCUGAUAGUUCUAUUGUCAUUUAACAUUAAAUAAACGUUUUCACCAUCAGUCUCA